AUGGUCUUUUCCUUUUUCCUCUUUAGGACUCCUGAACAAUGUCCAAGUGUCGUUUCCUUGUUGUCCGAAAGUUACAACCCGCAUGUCCGCUACGGAGCAGCGAUGGCUUUGGGGAUCUGUUGCGCUGGGACAGGAAACAAGGAAGCAAUUAAUUUGUUGGAACCGAUGACUAACGAUCCUGUCAACUACGUGCGUCAGGGGGCUCUGAUUGCAUCAGCGCUGAUCAUGAUCCAGCAGACCGAAGUUCUCUGCCCAAAGGUGAGCGAGGGAUCUUUGAACCGGGGAGGUGUGCGAGAAGGAGAAUGUGUCAAAGAAGAAAAUUGGGGGAGACACGUUGAAGGCGCUUUCGUUUUGGCCCGGCCUUUCGUUGGAAGUGCGCUUGUUUUAAUGAGAUCCUAGAAAGAUUGUGGAGAGGAAAGCAACGAAGAUGU